GGUAAGAUGAUAAAAUGAAUAACUUUUUGUCAUGUGAAUAAUAGUUAAUUUUUCUGAAAAAAACAAAAAAAAAAAAAACACAAACUCAGCUUCGCGAACCCUAAAUUCCCAAAUUCAUAAAUCCUAAAUUCCUAAAUUAAAUUCGUAGAACUCUUAAUCUCCCAUCUCUCAUUCCCCUCUGCCUUCACUCUCCUAAAUUCACGAUUUAUUUGCAAUUUCAAUUCUCGAGUUCAGUUCGCAAUUUCCUUCAGAGAAAGAGAAGAUCAAGUCGCUAUUCAGUUGGCGAUUUCAGUUUCCUCGCAUUCUCAGUAGCAAGGUAGGGCUGGGGUUGGAAGCUAGCAAAGAUGCUAAGAUGUUUUAAACGUGAAGAAGCUUUAAUCCUAAUCAAUGGCCACUGGCACAUGCCAAUUCAAAAUUGUCAUUAUCUUUCUGCUUCUCUUCCUCAUUAUACUGAUGCUGAUGCAACACAAGUUACUCGUAACUAUAUCUCACGUAAUGAAAUCAAACUUGCCCGUCGUGUGUUCGACCAAAUUCCAAAGCCGAGUGUUGUUUUGUGGAACAUGAUGAUCCGAGCGUAUGCUUGGGCUGGCCCAUAUCGACAAUCUAUUCAUCUGUACAAUCACAUGUUACAACUCGGUGUCACACCCACCAACUUCACUUUCCCUUUUGUUCUCAAAGCUUGCUCUGCUCUACAAGCAUUAGAACUUGGCAGACUUAUACAUAACCAUGCCUACAUACUUGGUCUGUCAAUGGAUCUCUAUGUUUCCACAGCCUUGCUUGACAUGUAUGCUAAGUGCGGCAAUUUGUUUGAAGCACAAACACUAUUUAAUAAUAUGUCCCUCAGGGACAGGGAUAUCGUCGCUUGGAAUGCCAUGAUUGCUGCUUUUUCAUUUCAUGCACUUCACACUGAAACAAUGCACUUGCUUGCCCAAAUGCAGCAAACAGGAAUUACUCCUAAUACUUCAACUCUUGUAUCUAUUCUACCCACAAUUGGGCAAUCUAAUGCGUUACGCCACGGGAAAGCUAUUCAUGCUCACUCUCUCAGGAAAUUCUUUUGUCAAAAUGUCGUUCUUGCAACUGCACUUUUGGAUAUGUAUGCUAAGUGCCAUCACUUAUGUUAUGCCAGGAAAAUCUUCAAUACCGUGAAUCAUAAAAAUGAGAUAUGCUGGAGCGCUAUGAUUGGAGGUUGUGUUCUUUCUGGUUCCAUGACAGAUGCAUUGGCUCUUUAUGAUGACAUGGUAUGUAUGUACAACUUGAAACCCACACCAGUCACUCUUGCAACCAUGCUUCGAGCUUGUGCAGAGCUCACUGAUUUGAAAAGAGGGACAAAAUUGCAUUGUCACAUGAUUAAGUCAGGGAUACACCUUGAUACAACUGUAGGAAACUCACUGAUAUCAAUGUAUGCUAAGUGUGGGAUUAUGGACGAUGCAGUGGGGUUUCUUGAUGAAAUGAUCACAAAAGACACAGUUUCUUAUAGUGCUAUUAUUUCAGGAUUUGUGCAAAAUGGCUAUGCAGAGAAAGCUUUACUUAUUUUUCGCCAGAUGCAGUCAUCUGGCGUUCACUUGCAUUUGGCAACUAUGAUAGCUCUACUUCCAGCUUGUUCACAUUUGGCCGCUCUACAGCAUGGGACCUGCUGCCAUGGACACGCAGUUGUUUGUGGCUUCACUAAUGACACCUCCAUUUGCAAUGCCAUUAUUGACAUGUAUUCAAAGUGUGGAAAGAUUUCUAUCAGUAGGGAGAUAUUUGAUAGGAUGCAGGAUAGGGACAUUAUUUCGUGGAAUACAGUGAUAAUUGGUUAUGGCAUUCAUGGGCUAUGCAAAGAAGCGCUUAUACUAUUCCAUGAACUACAGGCAUCAAGCUUGAAACCUGAUGAUGUGACCUUUAUUGCUGUUUUAUCUGCAUGUAGCCAUUCAGGACUUGUCACAGAAGGUAAAUAUUGGUUCAGUUCCAUGAGCCAAGACUUCAACAUCAAACCAAGGAUGGCACAUUAUAUAUGCAUGGUUGAUCUUUUGGCUCGAGCAGGAAAUUUGGAUGAAGCAUACACCUUUAUUCAAAGGAUGCCAUUUAAGCCCGACGUUCGUGUAUGGAGUGCAUUGCUUGCUGCAUGUAGGACCCAUAAAAAUAUUGAAAUUGGUGAAGAAGUGUCAAAGAAGAUCCAACUGCUGGGACCUGAAGGUACUGGAAAUUUUGUUCUUAUGUCAAACAUAUAUAGUUCUGUAGGAAGAUGGGAUGAUGCAGCACAUAUUAGAAGCUUACAAAGGCAUCACGGUUACAAGAAAAGCCCAGGAUGCAGUUGGGUUGAGAUCUCUGGUGUUAUCCAUGCAUUUAUUGGGGGCCAUCAAUCUCAUCCACAAUCAACAUCCAUAAAUAAGAAGUUACAGGAACUGCUGGUGCAGAUGAAAAAAUUGGGAUAUCGGGCAGAUUCUAGUUUUGUUCUUCAUGAUGUUGAAGAAGAGGAGAAGGAGCAGAUUCUCCUUUAUCAUAGUGAAAAAAUAGCCAUUGCAUUUGGAAUUCUAAAUACUAAUCCCAACAACCGCAUUCUAGUUACGAAAAAUCUGCGGAUUUGUGUUGACUGCCACUCUGCAAUAAAAUUCAUUACCCUCAUCUCAGAAAGGGAGAUAAUAGUAAGAGAUGCAAGUCGAUUUCAUCAUUUUAAGAAUGGAAUUUGCAAUUGUCAAGAUUUCUGGUAAGAAAAAUGCAAAGGUGGAUUUGGGUCUGGUUGUAAUCACCUGGCAGGUAUUAACCCUCUUGAUACACUUUCACUCAACCAGGUAAUGUACUUUUGUCCUUAUAUUAAUUUGUUUAUUAAAUUGAUCCUGACAACUGAAGAUAUAAAUUUAUGCUUAUAUAUCAACAGAAGCAUGGAAGAUUUGGGUGUUAAGGGAAAUAUGUUGCUUAGGCACCUGUGGGCCAAAUAGUUAUCAUAUUUAGGAGAAAAGUAUAUUUCUUAAAUUCAAGGGAGGAAGAGAAUGGAUUUCUUUCUGCACCUAGACAACAUUUAUUUGCUUAUGAUUAGAGCUUGAACCCAUAUGAUGCACAAAUGAAGUAUAUGUUGUGUGUAUUACUUUUUUUUAAAUAUAAUGUUAAUUUUAAAAAAAAAAUUAAAAAGAGAAACAAUCAAAUAUUAGGACACUUGAUAUUGUACCUCACAGUGUUUGAUGAUUUAACCCGUCAUCUUUUCAAUACAUUGAGUCUUCAGAAGUUUUAGUCAGGUACAAUUUCCUCACUUUUCUUUUCAAAUUCAAACACAAAAACAUUGGUUGACACAUUGCAGUCAUAAACACAGAGCAGUAGAGCAAAAACAAAAGGUUUUCUCAAUCGCACAUUGAGGUAAUCUCAUCUUCAUGAUCACUUUAACAUUUUUCAUUUUGUUUCUCAUUUUGCAAUUUAGAGCUCUUUUGUUUCCCUUUCACGUUUCAGAAUUUUUUCGCAUUGAAUGCAUAAAGUUCUGAUUUAUUUUCCUCUUUGAAUCUUUGAGGUGUAGCUUAAAUUGAAUGUGUAGAUUUUUCCAUUAACAAUGUGUAAAGUUCAUGGUUUUGGUUAGGGUUAUUCUGCUCCAAAUUCUUCCUCAAUAGUGAGAUCCUUUGACCAGUGAUUAUUUUUACUUUUUUAUCUUCAAACACUAAUAAAUGCACGCUACUUUUUUUUCUUCUAAAUUUUGGUGUUUCACUUUGAACAUGAUUUCAAUGGAGGCUUAGGUUUUCUUCAAGAAUUAUAGUCGGUGAGUGUUGGAUUUAAAGCUUUGAUCGCUUAUUGUUUUUUGAAUAGGGUCUUACCUAUAUUGUCAGAAUUUAGUAUUUUUUAUUGUUUGUUUGUCUUGGUUUUGUUUUUUUAUUCUCUCCCAUAUUUCAUAUGAUGGAUAACGAAAUCUACACUACUAUCAGUCUAUCACUUUUGUAACUUGAGGUUGGAACUUACUAUUUUUACUGUGUGAUAUACUAUUUGUUUUGUGUUUACUAAUAUUGAUUAAUUUUCAAAUGUAUUGUUAAAUUAUUAGGAGGAGUGAAAGUCACACUUGGUUGAGAAGAAGGAAGAGGUAAAUUACUUUUACAAUAUAGAUGGGUUUGAUGUGUUUUCUUAAAAGGUUUUUAUACUUUUUAGUUUUAUAGAAAGAUUAUUAUCCUACAAUGUCCAAUUUUAAGUGACUUAAGGUUUCCCAUUAAUUCCUCCAAAUUUCUGCUGGCUCAGUUUCAAAUACUUUUAUUAUUUAUAAAGUAUUAUGUUUUUAUUAAUUGUUAAAAAAACAACUUUUUUUUAGGGGAAGUUAAAAAAAAAACAUGAUAAGUUAGAUAAUAGAUUAGAAAGUACCAAAUUAGUGGAAUAGUAUAAUAUAAGCUGAUGUUUUCAUAUUCAUAAUUUUAUAUCAGAGCACCUUGCUCCUCUAAUGUUCAAUUUUAAGUGACUUUAGGUUUCCCAUAAUCGAUCAAUAGUUUGCUUUCUAGUCUAUAUAAAGAAAGAAAAGUAGUCAUUUCUUAAUGGUUGAAUUAACCUAUUUUUAGUUUAAGGCAAACUUAUGACUAAUGCGUGUGAUAUGGCCUCUGCUUAAUGAACAUGCAGUAUAACAUAUAAAGACAAGUCUCUUUCGAUUUAUAUUUAGAUAAAUCUAAGCCAAUAUUCUUUCUACUAUUCUGUGAUACAUACUAAGAAGUUGUCUUGAUUUUAAACGAACAUUUCCACUAGAGGACAGUAAGUCUUUAUAGGUCAUGUAUCAUGCAUGGGCUUGAAUAUUUUUGAUGAUAUUGUGGAUUUAAUCUCAGGUUUAAAUUUAUUUUAUAAUAUUCACUUUAUUUCUCAUAAUUAAUUGCAUUUGAAGUUUUCAAGAAACUUUGGCUCAAGUUACUUGAAUUCUGUUUCAGAAUCAUCGUUACCAAAGAUAAAAGGUUAAACUAAUGAGGUCAAGACCUGGUAAUGGUGGUUGUUUGUGUACUAUGUAGGGAAUAAUAGUUUAACAUUUUCUCUUGUUGCACCUGGAUUAAAAGCCUUCAUAUGAUCCUAAUGGUCGCUAUCAAACAUUUGAACUGCAGCUUCCCUUAUAACACUCUACAUAAAUAUACUUUUGUUUCAAGGUUUCUUUUAAUAAAUCAUCAGAUAAAAAUAUUUGGCUAUUUGUAAUUGAAAUUACAUUAGUAGGAAUAUGAGCUGAAAUAUCUCCUGAAUGGGUUUCAAC